AUGAACACCCAGGUAACACCAAUUUCGUCUCCCUACUUUGAGAAAGCCGCUGUUGAUUUUGUUGGCCAAGGUUUAAUCAGCGAUCAAUCUGUUAAAACAAGUAAGAGAAAAUAUAAGAAUUCUGACGCAGUUGUCAGGGCUACGAAUUUCGAGAAAUCUCUAAGGGGUAAUAUUGAUCAAGACGUGGGUAGCGAAUCCGUUGUUAAAGUCAGAGAGGGGAAGGGGCAUGGGAGGAAAAGAAGCUCAAGGAAGAAGAAGGAGGAGAAAAAUUGUUACACAGCUCUUAAAGAGACAGUGAAGAACAACGUUGUUGUUUCUCCGUAUUUCGAGAAAUAUCUCCAGGGUAAUAUUAAUGAAGACAUGGGUUUGGAAUCUGUUGCAAAUGUUAGAGUGGGGAAGAAGCGUAAGAGGAAAAGAAGCUCAGAGGAGGAGGAGGUGAAAAUUUGUGAGACACAUGUGAAUGAGAAAGUGAAGAACGUUGUUGUUUCUCCCUAUUUCGAGAAACCUAUCAAGGGGAAUAUUAAUGAAGAUAUGGGUAGCGAAACUGUUGCAGAUGUUAGAGAGGGAAAGGAGCAUAAGAGGAAAAGAAGCUCAAGAAAGGAGAAGAAGAAAACUUGUGACACAGAUAUCAUAGAGAAUGUGAAGAAUGUUGUUGUUUCUCCAUAUUUCAAGAAGCCUCUCAAGGGUAAUAUUAAUGAAGAUAUGGGUAGUGGAUCUGUUACAAAUGUCAGGGAGGGGAGGGAGCAUAAGUGUAAAAGAAGCUCUAGGAAGGAGAAAUGUUGUGGCAUUGAUAUUGUAGAUAAAGUGAAGAGCGUUGUCGUGUCUCCAAAUUUCAAUAAAUCUCUCAAGGGGGAUGUUGAUGAAGACAUGGAUAGAAAAUAUGUUGUUAAUGUGAGAGUGGGGAAAGAGUGUAAGAGGAGAAGAAGCUCAAAGAAGAAAGAGGGCGAGGCACAAGUCACGGAGGUUACUUGUUCUCCAUAUUUUGAGAAUGAUGUACAGGAGAACACAGAGAAUGUCUUUGUUGUGCCAUUGAAACAGGUUGAACGGGAAGAUAGAGGAAACGGACCUGUCAAAGAAGUUAGAAUUCUUGAUGUUAAGCCCAAGGAUAAUGGGGAAGUGGGGAAGAAAAAGAAGCAUAAACGAACAGCAAUGAAGGAAGUGCCAAUUCAGUCUCCGUAUUUUGAAAAAGCUGUUAGCUUUGAUGAAAUAAGUGGCAUCGAGCCUUUGGUCUCUAUGCAAGUCAGUGAGGUGAAUAGUGUAGGCAAAAAAGAGAGGGGGAAACCGGUUAAGGAACAGAAACAUGCGUGUGAAACAAAAAUGAGUGAGUGUUAUGGUGUUGACAAUGUGAAAAUUGGAGUUAAACACAAUUCUCUUGCUCCAAAUACUAAUGCUAAUAAUUCUGAUUGUAAUAGUGACCCAGUCCAAAACAAAGGUGAAAAGGAGACAGCUGAAAGGGACAUGGAAUUGGAAGCAGGGGUCAACAAUAGUAUGGAGGCAAAACAACUGCAUGGUCUUUCAGUUGAUGAAGAUGUUAGUUCUGUGCCUGUUGAUUUUGAGGCUAGAGCUGUGGGUCAGAACAUUGAUGAUUUUUUCUUUCAAUUUGCAUAUAAAGGUGGAAGCUUUAUGAAGUCAAAACAUGGGGCUGAAAAUAGUGAGAAUUCCUCUCAGGGGAUCAACAAUGAAGAUCAAAAUGACAAGUUGGGUGAGGUUUCAAAACCUGCUUUACUCGUAAAAGAUGUGACACAUUCAUUUGUUCGUUGCCAAGAAGGAUCCUUCUAUGCUGAUGGUCAAGCUGCUUUGUCUGGGGAUAAGAGGAUUAAGAGAAAAAUACGCAAAAAUGUUAAAGUUGUUUCUCCUUAUUUUGUGAAUUCACAGGCUGGGGAAGUUGUAGAAAAUGGAGGUCGGCAUAUCAAAAUUAAAACUAAAAAAUCUUCAAAGAAGCGCCUCCCCACAAAAAAACUUUCUCCCUACUUUAACAAUUUAAAGCAAGAACAGGACAAUGGAGUUACUGAUUCCUUGGAGGGGAAAACAGAUUCAACAAAGCCUAAAAAAGGCCCUGCAAAAACUAAAACUACAGUGUUAAUCAAACCUGUUCUCUCUGCUGCUCAGAAGCGAGAUGAAGCUUAUCUAAGGAGGAUGCCAGAUAACAAUUGGAUACCGCCUCGUUCGCCUUAUAAUCUCCUUCAAGAAGAUCAUGUCCAUGAUCCAUGGAGGGUGCUGGUGAUUUGCAUGCUUCUUAAUCGCACAACUGGUUUGCAGGCUGGGAGAGUCAUAUCGACUCUAUUCACGUUGUGUCCACACGCAAAAACUGCUACAGAAAUUGCUGCCGAGGAUAUUGAGAAAGUGAUACAACCUUUAGGCUUGCAUAAGAAGAGGGCAGUUAUGAUCAAGCGUUUCUCUCUGGAAUAUUUGGGAGAUGGUUGGACUCAUGUGACACAGCUGCAUGGUGUUGGCAAGUAUGCAGCUGAUGCUUAUGCAAUAUUUUGUACCGGCAAAUGGGAUCGUGUAAGGCCAACAGAUCACAUGCUAAAUAAAUACUGGGGCUUUCUCACUGAACUUCAUGCAAAUGAGGUAAACUUAUGGAGUAUAAUUUAACAGCAAAGAGUCAGUGCCUUGAAGGAAUUUGCAAGGGGCUUUAUAUGUGAUGAUUUUGCAAUCUUUCAAGUGAAUGUUUUGUACU